CGACUGUUAUAAAAUGAUAGUUUUUUAAAAGGAAUAAGUCAUUCUGUGCGUAAAAACCUGACACGAGUAAAACCUGCACAAUACUUCGGAAAAUAAUUUAAUCGAGUAGUCUGGUCGAUAGCGGGAAACCGGCAAGUUCUCUGGCAGCAUGACACCGCCAAAAUUGGUAUUUUUGUCAGUUUUUGCUUUGAUAUUAGUUGAGUAUUCAGUCCUUUCGGAUGAAGGUAUUAAUCUGUCCAGUGAAGGAAAAGGCGUCACUUAUGUGGAAAUAGAACAUAUAAAAUACGAUUGGACAAUAGAAAAUUUCAGUUUCCUCCCGCAAAAAAAUAAUGAAGAUAUUAGAUCGCCGGUGUUCUGUGGUCAUAAUAAUGAAACACAAUGGAGGAUACAAUUAUACCCACAAGGUGACAAAUCAGUUGGAUACGUGGCUCUUUAUCUCCGUCUUCAUUCUUACCGAUAUUCCAAAGUAAAUGUCACAGCUUACUGGGAAAUGUCAAUUCUUAAAGGAGGUACUGUCCAUCAUAUAAGAACUCACCAGCGGACAUUUGAUGAAUUAAUCGGAUGGGGCUAUUCUGAGGAUAUGGAGAGAUCAAAAUUGAUUAGAAUUGCCAAACCUGACGAUACAUUUACAAUCCGAGUUGAAAUAAAACUCCCAAAGCAGGUUAUCACGAAACCUUACAAGGUGAUGGAUCCCCUCGAGGAGGAACUGACACGUGAUUUAGAGAGCCACCGAUUGAACCAACAUUUCCAUCAACUAUUCAAGGAACCAAAAUUCAGUGAUCUAGUGGUUAUCGCUUCAAAUGAAUCAUUCAAUGCACACAAAGUCAUUCUAGGGAUUCGCAGUUCUGUUUUCGCCGCUCAUUUCGAAGCUGAAAAAUUGGUAGGAAAUGAGACCAAUCAGCUGAUUAUCGAGGAUUUCGAACCGAUUUUAGUGAAUGCAAUGCUGGAGUUUCUUUACACCGACCAAGUUACGGAUCUAGAAACACAGGCAUAUGGAUUAUUAGAAGCAGCCGAUAAGUUUGAAUUACCACGAUUGAAAACAAUGUGCGAGUUAGUUCUUUAUAGAGCGCUUAAUGAAAAUAACGCCGCAGAUUUAUUGAUUUUAACAGAUCUCUAUCACGCCAAUAAAUUGAAGGAACACAUCGUGAAAUUCAUCGGUCAUCAUAUUUCAGCUGUGAUGAACUCGGGAGGAUAUGCAAGACUAGAGGCAGAAUAUCCUAGAUUGGCGUUGGAAUUAUUCCGUGCAAUCACCGAUAAGAGUUCGGAUAUGUAAUCAUUCUAAAUAGAAAAAAGAAUUUCCAUUUUUGCUUCCGAAUUGAAAUUAUUUAAUCUUCUGCAAAACAAUUUUUUUUGUUGUA